AUGGACUUCUACUCUUCUUUGCUUAAUCAGCAAGCUCACAUGAGAGAAAGGAUGGAAAUACUAUUGGAGCAAGUAAGAACAGUGAUGAAGGAGGCAAAUGAAAUCCCCAAAAUACUAGAGCUUGUAAUCACGAUUGAGAGACUUGGUUUGGGCUACCAUUAUGAGAAUGAGAUUGCACAACUACUAGAUGUUGUUUUGAACUCUGAUUAUGAUGAUAAUAAUCUACACUUGGUUUCCCUUCGAUUUCAUCUUCUACGAAAAAAUAGAUAUGAUGUUUCAUCUGAUGUAUUCCAUAAAUUUGAAGACAAACAAGGAGGUUUUGUUCAGUCAGAUACAAAUAGUUUGUUGAGCUUAUAUAAUGCAGCACAUCUGAGUAUCAAGGGGGAGGAUGUAUUUGACAUGGCAGUCUCUUUCACGAGAAGACACCUCCUCGGGGCAUUAGAAAAUUUGGAAUCACCAUUUGCAGGGGAAGUUUCCUCUUCCCUUCUUACACCUCCUUUUAGAAGGGUUGGGAUAUUAGAAGCAAGAAACUACCUACCGUGUUACACAAACAAGGCUACACGAAAUGAAGCCAUAUUGGAGCUUGGCAAAUUGAAUUUCAAUAUUCUGCAACUUCAUUUUUGUGAGGAGUUGAAAGACGUCACAAUGUGGGACGAAGAUGCAGUAAAUGUGCUUCCAGAAUACAUGAAGGAUAUCUACUUAUAUUUGUUGGAAACAUUUCAUUCUUUUGAGGACCAUUUAGGACCUGAGAAUAGCUACCGUGUGGUUUAUCUAAAAGAAGCGUUCAAGAAAUUGGUUCAAGCAUACAGUGAUGAACUAAAAUGGCGUGAUGAAAAUUAUGUACCAAAAACACUUAAUGAACACCUUCAAGUUUCAUCGCGUGAGCAAGCAGGGGGGCACUGUGCCUCUACUAUCCAAUCGUACAUGAAGGAGCAUGGGACGACAAAUGAUGAUGCAUGUGAAAAGAUAAAAGAACUUAUCGAGAACUCAUGGAAGGAUAUGUUACACCAUUAUCUCGCAUUGACAGAUCAACCAAUGGUCGUGCCCCAAAUGAUACUUAACCUUUCAAGGACUGUGGAUAACAUGUACAAGCAUACCGAUGCAUACACUAAUUCAGAGAUACUUAAAGAUACAAUAAGGAUGCUUUUUGCUGAGCCAGUGGAAUAG